AUGAGUAGCGUCAUACACUACAUAGAAACCCAAAUAUAUCGCAUUCCGAGCACACCUUUUCCAGUUUUCUCUAAUCAUUUAUUUUGCAACAAAUUUACUCACCAAUUAUUGACUAAAGAACCUCAAAAUACACACAUUUUUCUUACUACAGGCAUAGGUUAUAGGAAUAUUUUAUUCCUUGGACACACUGAUCACUCGGAAACAGAUGGUUCUGAUAGUUCGGAACGAAUAGUUGAACUCAGGGGCAGGAUUAGAAGACAAAAGUACAGGAAUAUAAUAAAAAAACUCAACAUUAGGCGUUACGCCGAGGAGGCGUACAAUAAUCGCAGGGAACUCAUACGCCGUGCCUAUAGCUUGCACGGCUUGGACUUUGACAAAUUGCUAUCCAUAAAGCAUUCACAAUAG